AGCAGCUGAGAAAAAAAUUAAAAAAAAGGAGAAAGGUUUCCAUUUUUUUUCUCCAUUGAAGCUGAAGAGGUUCAAAAACACCAAUAAGAGAAAAAGCUAGCCCCUGUAACUGAACCAGAAGCAGAUGCAACCUUCGUCUGGUGGCAGCAGCAGCUCUAGUGGUGGUGGUGAAGUGAGUCGAGGUGGACUCGCCCGCUUCCGCUCAGCUCCAGCCACCUGGUUAGAAGUCCUUCUUGAGGAAGAAGAAGAGGACCCUUUAAAGCCUAACCAGUGCUUGACUCAGCUACUCACUGCCAAUUCGACAAUACCCACCACUCGAAAUUCAGUGCCUUUUCCUAACUCAGCGGAUCCAGCUGGGAUGUUUGAACCUACUGGUUUUCUCAGGCAAACCAGUUCUCCAGCUGAUUUCCUUGGAAACAAUUCUGCUUCUGCUUCUGCCUCUGAUGCUUACUUCACUAACUUUGGAGUUCCAGCAAAUUAUGACUAUUUAUCGCCACCUAUCGAUGUUUCUUCCUCCACUAAGCAGGCUAGAGAACUCGAUACGCAGUACCCACCAACAAAGUUUCAGUCUCAGUUGAAAGGGGAGCAGAGUGGUCAAAUUUCUAGUGGAAUAUCUAAUUUGAUAGAUGUGGAUAUGGAGAAACUUUUGGAGGAUUCGGUACCUUGCAGGGUGCGUGCCAAGCGUGGCUGUGCUACUCAUCCUCGAAGCAUUGCAGAAAGGGUUCGAAGAACACGGAUUAGUGACCGCAUCAGAAAGCUUCAGGAGCUUGUACCCAACAUGGAUAAGCAAACAAACACAGCAGACAUGCUAGAAGAGGCAGUAGAAUACGUAAAAUAUCUUCAAAAGCAGAUUCAGAUUUCAGAUAUUUGUUGUUGCUUCUUAAGGGCAAAGGAGCAUGGUAUCAGGAAUCUUUCAGCCUUGUACCUUCGCAAAAAUCUGGACUUCAAAGGUCACAGGAGAGUUGGAACAAUACUUGUUUGGUUGCUCAGUCUGUUGAAUAUAUGACUGAGCAAGGCCCAGUUGUGGUUGUAAUUGAUAAAUUAGGAAUGAGAUAGUUUAUUGUAUAAUUAUGAGAACUAAGAGCUUUAGUUUUUCUGCUAGAAUACAUGUCCAGAUAACCUGUUUUAGCUUAAACUGAUUAGUUGAUUAAAGACUACAUUUGCUAUGAUUUUUAUGUUAUAAAACAAUGAUAUUUGUGGAAUUGCAGUUUAAUUUAGGGUCUGAAGAACAUUGUAUGUUAAACUAAUGUAUGAUUUUAAGUCUAGUUCUCUGAAUUCAGAGGAAUUUGUGCUUUAGGUGUCAUGUAUACUUCCUGAGAUUGCAGUGCAACUGAAUUACAUAGGGAAGAAUGUAAAAAUUGUAGGUCUCAGCUAUGAUGGUAGAGAAUUUACUAAAAAUGUUAUGAGCAAUAUAGUUAAUUGAUUUUUGUAGUCUUCCUUUGUCAUUGUAUUUCUAAACUCUGAAUUGUUUGCUGAAAUUGUAGAGAAACUUUGUAUAAUCCAAAUGUUAUGUAAUGGUAUAUAUCAUCAUAAAUCUUACUUUUCUUGAGGAUUGUAUAUUGGUGUGUUAAGUUGAAUUCUAGAGGAGCUUUCGUUCCUUGCUGUGUUUUCUCUCCAAAGAUCAUUGCUAUUGAUUCCAAUGAAAGCUUAGAUCUU